AAACAAUGUCUAUUACACCUAGUCCAGAACUGUUAACUGAAGCUGCUGGCGUCAAGAUCUUCAUGACGCCUUUGGCAGAAGAAGAAUGUUCAUCAUGUGAGAGUUUAAUCUCUGGAAAAAUUUGUGUAAUGUUGGAAAAUGUAAAUGACAUUAAAUCGCACGGCAAAUCUUUCGGGUUUCAUCUUACAAAAUCUAAAUGGGAUCCUUAUCCUUGGGUAAGCUAUGUUGAAAUUGGAAGUCUUGCCGAUACAGCUGGCCUCAGAGCUGGUGAUUGUUUAAUGACCAUCAAUGGGAAGGAUUUGAUAGGAUUGAAAAUACAAGAAAUUGCAACAUUGAUACACUACCAUCAGGAAUAUAAUAUUAAAUUAUUUAUUUGGAGAUGUAGUAAUGAAGAAUCAAAAGAAGAAGGGAUAGCUGUUAAAGGGCCACUGCCAGAUGUAGCUAUUAAGCUUGCUAAUGCAGUGUCUGGAGUUGUUCGAACUUUAGAAUGUCCAGUUUGUUUGGAAAGUUCGACGCCCCCAGUCUCUCAAUGUGUUCACGGUCACAUCAUUUGCGUUGGAUGCAGACCAAGGACAUCUCGUUGUCCAGUCUGCAGAGUCAGGCUGGGUCAGGGACGGUGCUUGCUCGCAGACAAACUGCAUAAAAUAUUCCGGGAAGUUUUUGAUAUCAAAGAGAAUUCCUCUAAAAGUACAGAAUGUCAAACGUGGAAUCUUCGAGAUCGACUUUUCGGCAAACGCAAAAAGAAACACGUACCAUCGGUAACGCCAAAAAGUAACGGUCCAAUUCUGAGAGCACGUCAGUUAUUAUUGAAUAAAUUGUUUUUCGGUGGGGUGGAGAAAGCUGCCUCAGCAGAUAAUCUAACAGUGAUUACCAAUGGAACGUCAAGCGUAAAUGAAACGUCGAUAAAUGGUACAAAUAUUAAUAACUUAAGUUUUGACGAGCGUUUAAGUUUGCAUGAUCGAGCAAAAUCUGCAAGUACUGGAGAAUUAUCGAAGGAAAGGAUGAAAAAUGUUAUCGAUGAUCGUUUGCAAAUUGGCACAAGUAAAAUAAUGUCAAGCACUACUAGUCUGUCUAGUAUACCUCCUACACCUGUUUGGGGAGGUUCGAUGGAUUCUGUAUCUUGUAUACAAAUAACGUGUCCACUUUCGAAGCAAAGUGAUUGUAAAGACAUUAUUACAUCCGAUACAUUAAUGGAACAUUUGAGUGGGUUUCACGAAGUACCACAAGUUCAUUUUUAUUCUGUUCAUGUGCAAAUUCCGUUACCGCUUCCUUUUGGCUCCGAAGCUGCUUAUAUAUUACAUUCCAGUGGAGACCUUUUCUUCUUUCAGUGUGAUGAAGAAACUGUUUGGAUCGCUUGUGCCACAGGAGGAAAAAAUUCAUGGGAAUGGAGUUUACAUGGUCAAGGCGAAAACGGCACUGAAAUAAAGAUACGAAAAAGCGUUGCGAGUCUUGAAAAUCCAAUGAUUUUAUCAUCGCAACACAUUGCACCCUUGCCGAAUUCUCUGUUAUUACACACUCUGAAUAUUCAAUUAUUAGAAUGCCGUUCGCAUGAACAGUUAGGGUUGUAAUAAAGAGUAGAUACAUUUGAAUGAUUUAGUAAUUUUAGCAACUGUAGAAAAAAUAACAAAAUUGUUUAUUUAUUACUUAUUAUAAUUACAGGAUAACAAGUACAUCGUAUUUUAUUACAAAUAUCGAUAUAGAAGUAUCACAAAGUUAAGACCUGACACCUAAGUAUAUAAUAUACCAUGCAUUAUAAAAUGCAUACAAUAUGUAUGAAUGUAUAUGUUCUGAUGUUAAAAUUAACACCAAAUAAAAUUUAAUUGUUGAUA